AUGUACAAAAUUUCCAGGUUUAUACUGGCUAUUGCUAACGUGGAAAUUCCGAAGAAAGUCUCAGCGCCUCAUAUGAAAACAUAUGAUGGAACCACUGACCCAGAAGAGCAUGUGGCCCAAUAUCUGGAAAGAAUGGAGACAGUUUUGAUUCCGAUGGAAGCAUGCCUGUGCAAAGGCUCUGGGGCUACAUUAUCAGGAGCAGCCCUGAAAUGGUUAUUAAAUUUAUCAAACAGAUCCAUUACUUCUUUUGCACAUUUAGUUAAUCAAUUUAAUUUACAAUUUUCUUGUAGUAGACUUUUUGAAAAGAUAACGAGUGAUCUUUAUCAAGUCACUCAAUGGGAUAACGAAUCUUUGAAAGAAUUUCUUAACAUAUUUACGAGAGAAUCUCUGCAGAUUCCAAAAUUAGACAUGAAUACUGCAGUUCAAGCCCUGAAGAUGGGAUUAAGCAAAGAGUCUUUAUAUUAUCAUGAUCUUGUUAUGACACCUUGCAGGUCACUCGACGAAGCGAGAAAUCGUGCUUUGAGAUUCAUCAGAUUGGAAGAAGACGAAAUGCUGAGGAAAAGGAUGGAGACUCCAUCAACAUAUGAUCGUCCAAACAGAAAAACGGAAACUCCUGUAUUCCGACCAAGAAACAAGCCAUAUACAAGAGCUGUGCAACAGAAUACGCUUGAAAGAUCCGGAAGUUAUCAAUAUCCUGACUUAUCAAAUUAUUGUUUCCCUGUUGAUGUUGCAGGAAUUGUAGCAGCAAUGAAGAAUCUUGGGGACAAAGUUAGAUGGCCUCCCAAGAAUCCUAAGAGUGACGGAAACAAAGACAAGUCAAGAUGGUGUGCCUAUCAUGAAGAUUUUGGGCAUACUACUGAAGAAUGUUUUGCUUUCGGGAGAGAAGUUGGGAUACUCCUCAGCAAAGGAUAUCUGAUAGAGUUAUUCGGUAAAAAGAAGGCUCAAGAUAUCGACGUUAAGGAUUUGGGCAAGCAGGUUCAACAACAACCAUCGAGGCCCAAAUCACUUCCAACUAAUGCUAGAAUUAUCAAUUAUAUUUCAGGUGGAUCGGAAGUUUGCGGUACAUCCUUUUCAGCCGCAAAAAGGAAUGCAAAAGAAGCCAAAUUUUGCAGUACAUCCUAUUCAAUGACAAAAUAG